AACAGCGUUUGGUCUCUCCCACCCCGCCCCGAGAGCCUUCCAGAAGUCGCCGGCAGACCCGUGCGGCUUGCAGCUUAGCAACACUCCAGUUUUCUGGCCUUAAAAAUCAUAAUUUGAUUUGUAAGACAGUUAACGGGUGUCCCAUCACUUCAGCCGACAUGUCCACUUUGGGGACUUUAGCCUUCGACGAGUAUGGAAGGCCCUUCAUCAUCAUCAAAGAUCAGGACAAGAAGACGCGGCUAACGGGCCUCGACGCACUCAAGUCUCACAUUAUGGCAGCAAAGGCGGUUGCUUCAACGCUGAGGACAUCACUAGGACCUAACGGCCUUGACAAGAUGAUGGUUGACAGGGAUGGAGAAGUGACUGUCACCAAUGAUGGAGCCACAAUUCUCAGCAUGAUGGAUGUGGACCACCAAAUUGCCAAGCUUAUGGUGGAGCUCUCCAAAUCCCAGGAUGAUGAAAUCGGAGAUGGAACCACUGGAGUUGUUGUGCUGGCUGGAGCCCUUCUGGAGCAGGCUGAGCAGCUGCUUGACCGCGGAAUCCACCCCAUCCGCAUCUCAGAUGGUUACGACCAGGCCGCACGCAUCGCCAUUGAGCAGCUGGACAAGAUUGGUGAGACCUUCCCCUUCGAUCCCAACAACACAGAACCCCUCAUCCAGACCGCCAUGACAACACUCGGAUCCAAAGUGAUCAAUCGAUGCCACAGACAGAUGGCUGAGAUUGCUGUGAAUGCCAUCCUCACCGUGGCCGACAUGGACAGGAAGGACGUAGAUUUUGAGCUUAUCAAGAUGGAGGGGAAAGUGGGAGGCAAGCUGGAGGACACACAGCUCAUCAAGGGAGUCAUUGUUGACAAGGAGUUCAGCCACCCUCAGAUGCCCAAGGUUCUGAAAGAUACAAAAAUUGCUAUCCUCACCUGCCCGUUCGAGCCUCCUAAGCCCAAGACCAAGCAUAAGUUGGAUGUGACCUCUGUGGAGGACUACAAAGCCCUGCAGAAAUAUGAAAAGGAGAAGUUCCAGGAGAUGAUCCAGCAGGUCAAAGACAAUGGCGCUAACCUGGCCAUCUGCCAGUGGGGCUUUGAUGAUGAAGCCAACCACCUGCUGCUGCAGAACGAGCUGCCUGCCGUGCGCUGGGUCGGAGGGCCUGAAAUUGAGUUGAUCGCCAUAGCCACAGGAGGUCGCAUCGUGCCGCGGUUCUGUGAGCUGACCCCAGAGAAGCUCGGCACAGCCGGCCUGGUCAAGGAGAUCUGCUUCGGCACCACCAAAGAUCACAUGCUGGUCAUUGAGGAGUGCAAAAACUCCAGGGCUGUGACCAUCUUCAUCCGUGGAGGCAACAAAAUGAUCAUUGAGGAGGCCAAGCGUGCACUCCAUGAUGCUCUGUGUGUGAUCCGCAAUCUGGUCAGAGACAACCGUGUUGUAUAUGGAGGAGGAGCUUCAGAGAUUGCAUGUGCCCUGGCUGUCAACCAGGCCGCAGAUAAGUGCCCAUCAUUGGAGCAGUAUGCUAUGAGGGCAUUUGCUGAUGCUCUGGAGGUAAUCCCUAUGGCCCUGGCUGAGAACAGUGGGCUGAACCCCAUCCAGACCAUGACAGAAGUCAGAGCCAGACAGGUCACAGAAAACAACCCCUUCCUGGGCAUCGACUGCUUGCACCUCAACACCAAUGACAUGAAGCAGCAGCACGUGAUUGAGACUCUGAUUGGCAAGAAGCAGCAGAUCUCUCUGGCCACUCAGGUGGUCAAGAUGAUCCUGAAGAUCGAUGACAUCCGAAGCCCGGGAGAGUCCGAUGACUGAAGCCCCCCUGAGUGUGAGAAGGCUCGGCUGUGUUCUGGAAUGUUCUAGAGCUGUCUUAGGCACUUCCCCGAGCACUAACUCCAAACCGCACUGCAUACUGUUAUUUAUCAUUUGAUACGAAGUGUUCAAGCUGUUGUAGCGCCCAAGUCAUCAUUAAAACGUUGGUCUGUUAAAAUGU